UUCUUGGUUUCGUCGGUCGUGUUGUCGGGUUUGUUUAUUGACGGUUGUGUCGGAUUAAAAUGCAAAUCGCGUAUAUUGUCGGUGGUGCUGAAUUAAAAUUUGUGAUUAUUUCGUGUCUUGUAGUGAAAUUUUGAUAUUUGUUAAUAUUUUGACCUGAGUGUCCAGUUUUUUGUGAUGAAAAUUGUGAAAAGGUUUUGUGUUUACAAGUCACAUAACCUUCAGUGUUGUGCGUUGCUUUGAAUCUAAAAUUCUAAGUAGCGUAAAUUUAAGUGACAAAGUGAAAUUUAUUAAGUUUUGCCAUGGGAUUUCAUGCUGUACGCCACCUCCUAUGCUUGACUGUUUUUGUCAGUGCAUCACAAGGUUUAUCAUCGCAGCACAGUUCAUCCAGAGUCUCGGAUAGGGAUAGUUUGCCUCAUCAUGGUAGAUGUGAACCUAUUACAAUUCCUUUCUGUUUGGAUAUUAAGUACAAUGAAACAAUAAUGCCUAACCUACUGAACCAUCAAAAGCAAGAAGAUGCUGGUCUAGAAGUUCAUCAGUUUUUUCCUCUUGUCAAAGUUAAAUGUAGUCAUGAUCUUCAGUUUUUCCUUUGUUCAAUGUAUGCUCCAGUCUGCACCAUAUUAGACAGAGCUAUCCCUCCUUGUAGAUCAUUGUGUUUGUCUGCUAGAAAUGGGUGUGAAGAGUUGAUGAAUAAGUUUGGAUUUCCGUGGCCGGACGAUCUUGAUUGUGCUAAGUUUCCUGAAGCUGGAGGUCCUGACAUUUGUGUCGGAGAAAAUAACACUGCUGGAGCCAACAGUGGUAACACUAGGACCAGUAUUGGGCAAACAGCUCAUUCUGGAAUGGGAUUUCCAAGUUCAGGGUAUGCCCGUCCUGGCUAUGGUUCUAGAAUGCCCAAUGAUCAUAGUAUAGGCUUACCAAACUACCCUCACAUACCUGAAGGCGCAAGAGACUUCGGCUUUGCUUGUCCUGUUCAAUUCAAAGUUCCUAAAGGCAUGGAUUAUUCACUUAAAGUUGGAGACAAAAUCGAAAAAGACUGUGGGGCACCUUGUGAUGGUAUGUUUUUUACUGAAGAACAAAGAAGAUUUGCAAGGAUAUGGGUUGGAGUUUGGUCAGUUCUAUGUUGUGCAUCUUGUCUUUUCACUGUUUUAACAUUUAUGAUUGAUACAGAUAGAUUUCGUUAUCCUGAGCGACCUAUAAUAUUUUUGUCAGUGUGUUAUCUCGCUGUUUCCAUUGCUUACGUUAUCGGUUUUGGUUCAGGAGAUACGAUAGCCUGUCAGAAACCUUUUCCCCCACCCGUUCAUAUACCUCAUCUUCACAUGGUUUCUUUAAUAACUCAAGGAACAAAACACGAACUUUGCACAAUUGUUUUUAUGGUGUUGUACUUUUUUGGAAUGGCAUCUUCGAUUUGGUGGGUAGUGUUGACUCUGACUUGGUUUUUGGCUGCUGGAUUAAAAUGGGGACAUGAAGCUAUUGAAGCCAACUCUCAGUACUUUCAUCUUGCAGCAUGGGCUGUUCCGGCUGUCAAAACUAUAACCAUCCUUGCAAUGGGAAAAGUUGAAGGUGAUAUACUGACGGGAGUGUGCUACGUUGGUCUGUGGAACGUAGAAACUCUCCGCAGCUUCGUGUUAGCCCCUCUGCUGGUCUAUCUCGCCCUAGGGACAGUGUUUCUACUGGCAGGCUUCGUCUCUCUGUUCCGCAUCCGUACAGUCAUGAAACACGAUGGCACCAAGACUGACAAGCUAGAGAAGCUCAUGAUUCGCAUCGGAGUGUUCUCCGUUCUCUAUACGGUACCCGCACUCAUCGUGGUAGCCUGUCUGUUCUACGAGCAAGGCUACUUCGACCACUGGAUGGUGACUUGGCACAUGGACAUGUGUUCUCGCCACAACUCCUACAGCAUCCCCUGUCCUCUGAACCGCGAGGUCGGCAGAAAGCCAGACUUUGAAGUUUUCAUGAUCAAAUACCUCAUGUGCCUCAUCGUAGGCAUCACAUCUUCCUUCUGGAUCUGGAGUGGGAAGACGUUCAACAGCUGGAAGGAGUUCUUCCACAGGGUGCGAGGACGUCGAGUGGAGGCGUACGUAUAAUGUACAUAUGCGAAACUUGUAUAUUUGUAACUAUGAUUUAAUGUAAGAAUGACCCGAUAUUUGUAUAUUUUGCGAGUCUUGUUCAAAGAAAACUUUAUGAAUGAGGAUGAUUUUGAGGGAGUGUAAAGUAGCUUAUUUAAACAAUCUAAAUUUGUACUUUAAUUUCAACGGAUUUGAAAUUAAAUCAAAACUAAAAUUCCUGUGUUCCUAGUUGUAGCUAACCUAAUUCAGAACACAUGGAUCUAGGUGUUAUUUUUGAUUUGUUUCCAGUUUCAAUUAAAACUCCUUAAAUUAUCUAGAAAUUAAUCUUUAGGAUUGUUGCAGAAGGGGUAGUUUAUGAGUUAUUUUAAUAACGUUUAAAAUUUAUGUUUACUAGGUAACUAUGCUCCCUUAGUAUUGGAAGUAAUUAAUGAAUUAAAUGGGUGUAAAAAGUGUAAAUGUCUUUUGUAAAUCUUUCUCCAUGAUGACAUAUGUUAGUUUUCUUUGAUCAAGACUCAACAGUGCAACUAUUUAUCAUUGCUUGAGCAUUGAAUUGAUUCAAUAUCUUUUACCACCUGAAAUAUUUUACAUGUUACAGUACCAUAUUAUUUGAGUAGUAACAUUUUUGUAUUUGGUCCUAAUAAUAACAUCAAAAUAUUAACAAAAAAAUACUAUAAAGUUUUUUUACAAAAAAAUAUUUAACUACUUAGCUUUGUCUGUACAAUGCAAUUAAUCGAUUCAAAUUUAUGUUUUGACUAUUAAAAAGAAAUAGCAUAAAUACAUAAUAUGUAGGGUUAAAAUUUAUAUAUUUUGAAUAUAGGACUUAUCAUUGAAACGUGUGUUAAUCUAGCAAUAUUAUUUAGAAAUGUUGCUAAAUAAACAUCCCAUUGAAUAGCGGUAAAAUAUGUUGAAUCAAACAUUGUAAUAUAAAAAUCAAAAUGCAGCUCAAACAAAUAUUUAGUUAGUGUUGUUUUUAAGUUGUACACAUUUUUACUAGUCCAACGUUUUGUGUUUGUAAUUUAGUUUUGAGGUUCGAUAUAAUGACACCAAUUGAUGACACAAUAUUUAAAAAUAUUGACAAAACUGUUAUUGUAUAUUGUUUAUUGUAAUUUUGUAAGUUGUUAUUGCGAUUUUUGCAUUUAUCCUUGUUGUUACAAGUAGUAUGAAUAGAGUAGAUGUAUUAUAAGUAGAGGUUUAAGCCUCAUAAUCACCUCUUGGUUAAAAUAAAUAAUUUAUUUGCAAAAUGGAAUACGCUUUUAUUUAUAAAGUUUUGUUUUCAACAUUUGACACACCAUAACAAGUUUGUUGUUAUACAAUUUGUUGUGUUGUUAACUUCUCUUUAAUUUUUCAAACUUGCUGUCUUCAAUGUUUUGCUGUCCUUCGCUGUUUAUUCUAUGUCUCAUAAAUGUUAUCUGUCUCAGUGUUUUUGUUUCAAAUAUUUAUACAAUUUGUUGAACUACUGUCAAUUUCUGCGGUGCUAAAAAGUUCCAUUUUGUAAUGAUCAACUUAAAAGUAUAUUUUGGCUUUGAAUCUUGUAUUUAAAUUAUUCAAAUAUGUAUUUUUCAUUCUGCUUGUUUGUUUACUACCUUACGCUAAGAUUAAAGUAAAGUUUGUAAACCUUGCUUUGCCAUUCCUAAUGGAAAGUAAUUAUUAAAAUAAGACCAUCACAUUUUUUACUUUUGCUAAGAACUUUUCAUUUUAAAAAUGAAUACUGUAAUAAAUAUAUUAUUGGGAGAUGCAUUCAACUUUAUGUCAUUGUAAAAUAGUUGAAUUUAGACCAGCUUUUGAUAUUUCGUCAUCAUAUCAUUUUUCUACUAGAUUUAUUUAAAAAAAACCGUUUGAACUUGAAAGAAUGUAACUCUUAUCCCUCUACACUAUGUGUACUCUUCCCCGAACACGAGUUUUCACAUUUAUGUAGACAGCUUUUACUAAUUAUUCAAUAGAAUUAAAUACUGGCAACAUAGUAUUAGAACUUGGCCAUCAUUGUGGUUUAAAAUUCUAACCAGUUAUAAAUAAAACAGUACAUUUUUAAAGUUGACCAUUGAUUUUUUAAAUGGCUCUUUUGGUUGAUCUGUAUUGUUUCUUUUUAUACAAUUAGUGCUGGUAACAUAAAAAUGUUUUGCUUUAACUACUUGUAGGGAUAAUAUUUCUAUUUUUGAAAUCAAAUAACUUAAUAGAUGAUCCAACAAUUGCUUGUAUAAUAUCAACAAAUACAUCACAGAUGACAAUUUUUUUAAAGAAAAUUGUUAUGCACAAUAAACACACAUCAAUGUAGCCUCCAAUUAUCAAUUUGACCAGGCACAAAACAUAUCCCUUGUAACAUUGUAUCAUAUCUGUUUUUUUUUUCUCUCAGAGGAGCCAAAAUUCUUUUUGUUCACCCUGCUAGAAAAAAAAUAAAGUUCAACUCUGGGGUUCUUGCAUGUUAUGUUUUUCUGCCAAUCAUCCUGUUCGAAAACUAUUUAUGGCUUGCAACACCGAUCAAUAUUUUAAAGAAUAUAAAAAUAUUGUCCACACUAUCGAACACAGGGGUAUCUUCCAUUGGAGAGUCGUGUUAAUUCGUUUUUAUAUUGUUGCCUUUCUGAAUAAAACAUGGAAAUAAAUAAAAUUCAUUGACCGUGAUUUCUAACAUGGAAACUAUAUCAUUAGCAAGUUUCAUUCAACAUAACUGCACUCAAGGUGUUAAUAUUAAAAAAUAAAACCAGGUACAGAUGUUAUAUCAAUAAUUUAAUCACCCUCAGGUAUAUGACAAUGUUGUUAGACAACUGUAUUAACUCUAUUCAUGCCUGUUAUAAACUACAAUGAUGACGAGGGAAUGGAGGAGAGUAGAGGAAGGAUUAUGGAAGGAGAGAGAGAGGGAGAGAGAGAGAGAGAGAGAGAGAGAGAGAGAGAGAGAGGUCAUUGCACUUAUGGAGAAUAUGUUUCUACCGCCUACAGAUUUACUCUCUUUGUCUCUCUCGUUUGGUUCCUCCAUUUCUCUCUCACACAAGUCGUUCUUCAUCUUAAUAUCUACGACUCCCUCGGAUAGAUAUGUUAGCUAUUAACUCUCUAGACAGAAUCAUCUUGAUUUACACCUGUGUAAAUUCUAUGCAGGAAUUAAUGGUAAUAGCCUCCCUGUGAAAUGUAAUAGUGAUAGUCAAUAUCAUACUUUAUUGACGAUAGGGUUCUUAUUUGCUACCAUUACACGAAUUUUCGCCAAUCCCUAAACCUUGCUCUAAGAUUUUUUAGUAAACUUAUUCUGCUAGUAAACUUAUUAUUGAAUAGUAAAAAUUUACUACUGUAGGAAUUCAUUAUUAUUUAGUUCAAUGCUAUGUCAAUUUGAUAUUGAUUGGCAAUUGGAAGAUUUGUGAUUUCGUUUUUGCAAAAACAAAAUGUAUUUGAUGCUUUAAAAUUCAUUCAUGAAUGAAUGCAAUUUACACAAUUUGUCUAGGUACUAAAAAAAGUUUGUUCAUUACAUAUCUUUUGUCUUGUUGAUCGAAUAUGUUCAAUAUAUAUUUUAGUAUAUGUAUAUAAGACUGAUUUCUUAUUGUAUGUACAUUGUUUAUUUUUAUCAGAAACAUCACUUUUGAAAUUCACUUAUUUUUUAAGACGUUAGUUUAUCUAAAUGUCACACAGAAAUUCGAUUUUACUCGAAAUAAACGACCAAACUAUAUUUAUAAGAUGUUUAUAUUGUAAAAAUUAUUUUACAACUAAGAUAUCGAAAAGCUAUAUCAAAAUGGACGUACAAUAUUACAUUUGGAAUUUUUAGUUAUAUAUUUGUAUUGUAUUUUUUUGUAUAUUUGUACAUUCUGCUGGUACAGUCGUUUUCAUAUGACUGUUUAGUUUAGUUAAUUUGUUAGAUCCCGUUUGUAAGUUACCUUACUUACGAGCUGAGUCUUGUUCAGCCCAAAGUAAAUAAACGAUCUUUGUACAGUUUGA